AGAACAGCAAACGCACAGUAACUUUAAUAGAUCUGACUAAGAAUAAGUCCAGCAUGCAACAACUAUGCCAACUCACCUCUGCAGCUUCCUGGAGGUCACGCUCACACUUGGCAUGUUUCGUCAUUGUUAUCCUGUACUCUGGAGGAGCUUCGUCCCUUUACGGGCCUGCUGUGGCGACGGGCCUUGGUUCCGCUUUCUCUGCCGCUCAGACCAACAGUGUGGUGGGAGGCAAGCAGAAAGCACUGACUUUCAACAAGCUCUUGGUCAACAUCGGAAGAGACUUUAAUCCAGACACCGGCUACUUCCGCUGCCGCAUCCCUGGGGCUUAUUAUUUCUCCUUUUCUGUGGGGAAGUUCCCUAAGAAACUGCUUUCUGUCAUCCUGGUGAAGAAUUCAGAAGAGGUGCAAGCAAUUGCUUUUGAUGACUACCACAGAAAAGGCAGGAAAGUCCAAAGCCAGAGUGUGAUGAUAAGUUUGAAGGAGAUGGACACAGUGUGGCUGCUUUUGCAGCAGAAUCCCCGGUAUGCUGUGUACAGCAAUGCUGGCCCUUACAUCACCUUUUCUGGUUAUCUGGUAUACCCAAAGCUUCAGCCAGCCAGUUACGAAGGCAACCACCUCUUGCCACCAGCUCUGUCCUACCCCGUCUGCCCACCUCAGGCUCACUCCCAAAGCAGAGGUCAGGGUAUGGAGCAGCCGCAGUCGGCCUUCUCAGUGGCUCGGACAUCCACGCUUGUGGGUAAACGCAGCAGGCACCAGAUCCAGCCUCCCCUGAACUUUGACGUGGAAUUUGUCAACAUAGGUGGGCACUUUAACAAAACCUCGGGCCUUUUCACCUGCCACUUCCCUGGGGUGUACUUCUUUGCUUUCACAGUGGGGAAACACCCUAAAAAGGCCAUCUCUGUGAAGCUGAUGACUGGAAGCGGGCAGGUGCAGGCCAUGGUGUUCGACGAGGACAUGUCGAAGAGGAGAGAGAUGCAGAGUCAGAGCUUAAUGCUGCAACUCGACAGGGGGGAACUGGUGUGGCUGUACAGCCAGCAGGACCAGCGCUACGCUGUUUACAGCAACCAUGGAAGGUACACCACCUUCUCUGGCUUCCUGGUCUAUCCCACUGCAGAAACAACCCCAAACAGACCCCCCCUUUAAACAACUCUGUCUUUAAUGCUGUCUCUCGUAAAUAGCUUGUUCUGUAGGUAAACUAAGUAAUUUUUAAUCUUGUAUUUUCUGUUGGAUUAUUCCACCAGAUGGUGCUAUGAGAUAAAAUUAUGGACACUGCCCAGCAGCUUCUGUAACUCAAAAGUGCAAUUUUCCCUAAACUGUUGCUAAAAUAAAAUCUUUCUUUCAAUAUAUGUUUUCCAGUUCUUUGCAUUAGAAGUUAUAAAACGGUGCUUUUUAUUAAUGUGAAACCGAUUGUUGUUUGGUCAGAAUAAGAAUGUAAAUGAUAUAUAUUUUAAUAAAACUGCUUAUUAAAAAACA